GGGGCGGGGUGGUACCGCCGCCUUCUCCUUCCCCUUCCCCUUCCCCUUCCCGUUCCCGUCCCUUGUCGUGCUCCUCCCGCUGCCGCCCUUUUGCUUUCGCUUCCCCCCAGCUCGGCGGCGCGGCCAUGGAGAACGGCGGCGUCUACAACGAGACCACCGAGCCGCAGGCCAAGCUGCCCCUCCGCCGCCGCUGCGGCUGCACCCUGCGGCACCUGCGGGGCUGGCGGCUGGCGCCCAAAGCCCUCCAACUGGUCCUCUCUCUUCUGGCUGUUAUUCUUGAAGAAAUUGUGGAGGAUUGUAUCAACUGUCAUGGCCUUUAUUUCUUUGAAUUUGUAAGCUGCAGUGCUUUUCUUUUGAGCCUCACGAUCCUGUGUGUAUAUUGCACUAUCGCAUAUGAAACAUUUGGGAAAGAUAGAGUAAACAAAAUGAAUUUUUGGGCCAUGCUAAUUAUAGGUGCCUUCUUUCUGAUAGCUUCAGUAGUGCUUGCUGCAACCAACGCUGGGUCUGCUUUUGAAAAAGCUGCAUGUGUGUUUGGUUUUCUUGCCAGUGGGGCAUUUUUUGCUGAAUUUGUAUGGGAGUUGUGGUGCAGCGGGAAACAAAGCACUGAAGAACGCUCUGAAAAUCCUGGCCACACUCAAGGUGCCACAGAAGAUCAGCCACUGAAUAAACCAAGCUAAACAUUCUGAAAUUGGUUUGUUUUGUUUUGAGUGGAGCAAACUAAAAUGAAGUUUCAGUGCUCUGUAGGUAAUAACUGCUGUCUCUUCCUUCUAAUCAGUUUUGUCUGCGUUGCUCAUCACAAAUAUUUAAAGAUCCUUAGGCAAGUAAUGACAUCUUGAGCAUCGUAUUUUAUUUAAUUGUCUAAGUAACUGGUCCUGCCACCUAUUUAGGUAGCAUACGUAAAAAAAAAAAAAAGUGUAAUUAGAAUAACUCAAGGACAACAGUGUCCUGAUUUCAUUUUGAUAGAAGUGACUAAUAAAGGGAAAUAUGUGAUGCAUAAAUUCUUAGUUAUGCUCUGAAGACAUUUUCUAUAUAACUUGGACCAGAUACUUUUUGUACAAGUUCCAAAUUAGAAUAGCAGAAUUCAUUCUUGUACUUAUUGGUCAAACAGUGAAUGUAAAAGGGAUACCUAACUGCAGCCUUACAGAAAUGCUUAUCCUUAUGUAAUGGUGUGCGAUUGUUUUGUUUUUACUAUUCACUCUCUUCAGUUCUGUCUGUGGAGAUCAGUUUAAUGAAAUAGUGUACAGCUUUUAUGCAGGGAGUAAUGUAGUUGUUCAUUAAGGAGAGAGCUUUGCACCUCAUGAUUGUCAAUGUUCACGCUUGUAUGACAGAAUGUUCUUUCAGAUUGUUUCAAAACCAACAAAAAUGGCUGGAAAAAAAAAGCUAGCUGUGAGAGGAAAAAGUUGAAGAA